CUAUAGAGAUCAUCAGUCCUCUAUAACACUUGUAAUGAAUAUCUCUCCAGAACCACAUCCUUUGUUGUUGUUAUUUUUCUUGUCUCAAAUAACAGCGGCAUAUAAUUCGUUAAAAUUCCAUAAGGUUGAGUUUAAUGUUAAAAAAAAACAAAAAAACAUCGCAUUUUAGAUAUAAAAUUGAAAAUGUUAAUAUUUCUGCUAUAUCAAAGUAUUUUUUUCUAAAUAUCUGCUGUUGAGUUCUCAAUGCAUAUUGUAUUAAACUGGACGAAAUGUAAACAUCAAUGUUUGAACAUUUUUCGCUAAGUUAACAUUUCUUUUCGGCCACCAGCUCAAUUUUUCUGUACAUAUCACUCAUUUCCGCUAGAUUAUUGCUUUUGAUUAGAUACUGUACACCAACUUCUCAUUUAUUUGGGUAAAUUUCACACGGGAGCAGUUGAAACACACGACCAAACGACCGUGGGUAAACUAUCAGUUAAAAUAUUUCGUCUGUUGUUCCCACGGUCCGCGCGUGUUCAUCACGCGCAGUGCACAUUCUACUUUUCGUCUGCAGCAAUACCUAAAAAACUCAGAAAUAGCUCUGAAAGUUACUAAGAAUCAUUUUAACAGACUUUAUUAAAAUUAAAAUUCAUUGACCAGUGUCAAAAACUGACUCUGCGUGCGCGAUACAUCAUUAAUAUCGAUUUUAACCAAUGUCAACGGUAUCGACAUAUCGAUUUGUUGCCAAAAGAGCGUCUGCAUGCAAAGUGCGGGAAAUCUCAUAGAACCAAUGAACGCGCGUGUGAUCAGGCGCUCUCAGCCAAUUAAAUAAUACCAGCGUCUUGUCGUCUGCAGCGUAAUUGAAAAUUAACAACAGAGGGGCGGGUUUUGAUGCUGAGACUGGGGAUGCUUAAUUCUGAGGAACGUUGGACCUCGUGUCAGUCGUGUUUUGGACCGUCGGUCAGGAAAGGUGCUUAUAACGGAUACCGGAUAAGUGGUCACGAGCCGGAUAUAUUUUUUAUUUAACUAUUUUUGUUAAUUACCACAACUAAAAAAGGAAAAAAGAAGUUUUUCAGGAUGAAACGCAGUUUAAGCCACAGUGAUGAUGACGACGACUUUGACGAAAGGUUGAAAUCUGGGUCACCUUCACAAAGUUGUCAGAUCACAGACAGGAAAAAGAGACGAGGGGUAAUAGAAAAACGUCGCCGUGAUAGAAUAAAUAACAGUCUAUCAGAACUCCGACGACUUGUACCGUCGGCAUUUGAAAAACAGGGCUCAGCAAAACUGGAGAAGGCGGAAAUAUUACAAAUGACCGUCGAUCAUCUGAAGAUGCUCCAUUCUAAAGGUGUGAACGGAUACAAUUUUCCGGACCCUCACGGCCUCGCUUUAGAUUACAGGAGUAUUGGUUUCCGAGAAUGUCUGGCAGAAGUUGCGCGCUACCUCAUGACAGUCGAGGGGAUGGAUAUACAAGAUCCUCUUCGAUUACGUCUGCUUAGCCACUUGCAGUGUUUUGCAACACAACGUACGCCAUCUGUAAAAUCCUCGUUUCAGAAUUCAACGUGGAAUUCGAUGACGUCACACCCGUCUAUGAAUUCUUUGAACUCAAAUCAGUACUCCGGAAACGGAAUGUCUUCCAUGACGUCAAUGCUUCAAUCUCAUUCCAGCCAGUCAGACCAGCUUACAAUGUCUUCCCAUGAUUCUCUGCCUGGAGUACCUUCAGUGACAUUCAGUGAUUCGCGAAUAAGCCAAUCAGAAAAUUCGUUACAUAAUUCCAUGAGAAUUCCACCACCCCCGUCAAUGGGUUCGCACAGUCACAUGACGUCAAUGGCGUCAAACUCCGGACAAUCAUCACUGCUUAACCAGCAGAUUCACUCACAGUUUCCAAUGCUUAACAUGAACUCGAUGAUGUCACCGAACAGUGCUCAAUCCUAUAACGCGGCAGCUGGAAAUUUAAACCAACUUGGCUCCGUUAAGCCAUAUAGACCUUGGGGCUCAGAAAUAGCGUACUGACCUAACUUUUCCGCGUCGUGUUCAGAAACUAUGAUCAGCUAAAGUGCAAUAAUUCUAUGUAAAUAUUUGCUUGUCAUUUACAUUCCAGAGGGUUAUUCCAAAAACAAGUUAUGUAAAUAUAAUUUUCAAAGAUUGACUUCAAUACAUGUAUUGGAAGUUUUGUGGAUAUUACAUAAUUUACGAUUUUGAACCGUCAGUGUAAAGAAACUAAAAUCAAAUCAUAA